AUGAAACUAUUCAAAGUACUUGCAACUCAUAUAAUAUUGAUUGCCAAUAUUCUCCAAAGUUUGUGGUGGAUGAUAAUGGCUUUAUAUUUGAUCUAACCAAAUGACUACAUAGUGUUUUAUUUACAAAUAGUGUGUGUCACCAUGAGGGUUUUAUAAUAAAUAUUGAUCGCCAGAAAUUAUGGUUUGUUUUUAUUUGUGCAUAUAGUAUCUCUUUUUUACUACGUGACGUAUAUUGAAUCUUUGCUGCUAUUUCAGAAUGAUUACUCAUUGGGCAUCUUCUCAAACAGUUUAUUAAUAAUUGUUACUUACAAUUCAUAUUUGAAAUUUGCAGUUUAAAAGUGGAGUUAGAUUUGUAAGUUGGGACUUCCAUUUUAUAUUAUAUUAAGACUAAUCUCCAUCAUAUUUAUUACUUUUAGUUAUUAUUCCCUAGAAAGCCUAUUAAUAAUAAUCAUUGUUUUAGUUUAAUAUUUGUUAACAACAGAUUAAUAAAUUGAGCGAAUUCAUGUGAACAAUAACUAAGAAAAAGUCAAACCUAAAAUAAAUGCCAGAGUGCCAGAAUUAUAAUUGAAAAUAGUGGAAGAGAAGGAAUCGCCUCAUUAUCUGCAACAAUCUUUACUAAAAUCCUUAAGCAGAGCCUCACUGAUCCAAACACCACUGAAAAGUUAAAGCAUUUUGAUGAAAGACCAACAAAGCGAUUCGAAAAUGGGAUUAUUAUCAAAUUUAACCAAUUUAUCAAAAUCCAACAAGAAUAACAAGGGUUCUAGUUCUGAAAAAUCAGAUUUAUAGUUACACAUAUUUUACUAAAACCUUAUCAAUAUAUUUCCAUAAGGCAUUUUGAUAUUGAAUCAAUUCUAAUAAGUCAGUUAUAUGAAUAAUAAAUGUGAAAAACUAUUGGAAUGUUAAGGAGGGGAUCAAGUGUUGGAGAAGAUAAAGAUAUGUGUUAACGAUGCCAAAAUGUCAGACAAUGAAAGUGAAGUCUCUAACUUUUUGUAAACCCCAAAACAAAAUAAGUAAAUUAAUUAAUACACUCUCCAAAGGAUAGUUAAGAAAUUACAGAAGGAAAACAGAAAAGCAGACGUUCUAGAUAUUAUGCUCUACCCUUAAAAAUACUAUGGAAUUAUAGAUUAAAAAGCAGAGCCAUGUAGUUAAGAAGAUUCAAAAACUGAUUAAUUGACAUUCCAAUAGUAGGUGUUUAUAUACGAAUGGUUAAUGGAAACUGAAUCACUGAAUAAAAUCAAUUAAAAGAAACUCAAAUUGGUCAUCAUCCCAACAUUCAUGACUGGUCAACAGUAAGAAUACAUAUCUCUUCCAUCAUAAAAUAAGUGUUCCAGUAAAUUGAACAUCUAAAUUAGUAAUGAUGCAGAAAUACCAGUCCUUCUCAUCAUGAUUAAGAAUAUUACUAGUAAACACAAGUAUCAAUAAAUGAAGGAUGAAUAAAUUAUUCACCAUAGUCUUAUCAAAUCAUUCUCUCAUGAAUUAAGAACUCCAUUGAAUUCAUGUUAACAUAUGUUAAGCCUUAUCAAGAAUUAAGUCAUAGAAAAGUCUGUGUUAGAAUAUAUUGAUAUAGCCAUGUGCUCUAUUACCCUAUUGAUCCAUCAGAUUAAUGAUAUACUUGAUUAUGCUGCCAUAUAAUCAUACUCGUUCUCGUAUCGCAUAAAUAAAUUCACCAUCAAUUAGAUCAUCCAAGAAAUCGAGAAUCUCUAUAAAAUAUAAAUGAGACACAAAUAAAUCAGAUUCAGUAUUAAAGUUAAACAGUCUUUGAGAGAAGCAAUCAUUUCUAAUGACAAAUAACGAAUUCUAUAGAUACUGGUUAAUUUAUUAAAUAAUGCUGCCAAAUAUACAAAAGAGGGAGGGAAGGUUAAACUCACUAUCAAGUAAAUGAAGGAUAAUGGUAUUGGAAUUGAAGAUGAUAAGUUAACCUUGAUUCAAAAUAGUUUGAAUGGUAAUUUGGAAUUUGGUGCAAGAUUAAAAACUCAACAAGUUACUUAAAAGGCAGGAUUAGGCUUAAAUAUUGCAGCUAGAUUGGUAGAAGGAUUGGUUGAAUAAAAUAAUAAUUAAUUGUUCAUCAGUUCAAUUAAAAACCAAGGAACAAAGGUCUAAUUUUAAGUUUAGAAUCUCAUAAAUGCUUCAAAUGAUUAAUUUUAAUCUAACUUAGUAUCCUAAUUGACAGGAAGAUUCAAUUAAUCAGGUAUUUAGGGAACAUUAAGUGAAAGAAAAUUUGAUGAUAGAUUGCUAAUUAAGGCUAUGAAUUAAGAUAGUUAAUUUUAGGAGAAUUAUGUCUAUGAAUCAGAAUCAUCUUUGAAUACUCCUCAAUUAAAUGAUUAUGCUAAACAACCUUAGAUAUCUUUACCUAUAAGUCCUGAGUACUUCUCUCAUAAAUUCAUUUCUUCAUAUAAAAACAUUUUGCGUACAGAUACAAUUCAAAAGUCAACUUCAAUGUGUGAUAAGUGUGUUCAUGUUUUGAUUGUUGAUGAUAUUCCAUUUAAUCAAAUAGCACUCAAAUUGAUGCUCAAACAUUACCAGUUGGAAGCAGAUCAAGCAUUCGAUGGGUUAUAAGCAAUUGAAAAAGUGAAAGCAAAAUUUUCGGAACAUUGUUCUACUUAUAAAUUAAUAUUCAUGGAUAUUGAAAUGCCUGGCAUCAAUGGUUUUCAAACUAGUAAACAAAUCAACGAAUUGACGAAGUAGCAAUCAAUGAUCGUCAUUUGUUCGGCCUACGAUACUUAGGAAAAUUUUAUUGAAGGACAAAAAGUUGGGAUCUCCACUUUUCUUCCAAAACCUGUAAAGUAGGACGAAUUGGAAGUAGUGUUGAAGUAACUCUUUUAAAUUAAAAGGAAUUUUUUUUGA